GCUCCAGGAGAAUGUCGGUCUGUCCCACCACUAAGAGGCCUGGCGAUGGCAGAGUCCUGGAGGGCGGAUGUGCAGUAGCGGAUGACCUGGGUCUGGCCCGGCCCCCAGCCGGGGAGGAAGAUUCCAGGCCAGUGAGCACCUGGACCCUGCCCGGACCUGGACCCACCCGUGCCAGCCCCUCCUCAUUCAGCGCUGACCCGCAGAUGCUGCUGACCCGGCGGCUGCUCCCCAUCGCCCUGCUGGUUCUGUGCUGGGGGUCCAGCUUGGCGGGAGCCCAAGAGACCAUCCCAAUGAAGACCCUGCGCUGCCAUAAUGACUAUACCAGUCGCAUCAUCUGCAGGUGGGCAGACACCCAGGAUGCCCAGCGGCUCAUCAACGUGACCCUCUACCGCAGGCUGAAUGAGGGCCUCCCACAGCCGGUGUCCUGUGAUCUCAGCGAUGACAUGCCCUGGUCAGAAUGCCCGUCCCUCCACUGUGUGCCCAGAACAUGCAUCAUCAACUACAACCUUUUCGUCAUUGCUGAUAAAGACUACUUCUCAUUCCGACCAGACAGGCCUCUGGACACCCAGCUCACUGUUACUCUGGCCCAGCACGUGCAGCCCCCCGCACCCAAGGACCUCCACAUCGAUGAUGCUGGGGACCAUUUCAUGCUUACCUGGAAUGUGGCCCUUGAGGGUUUCCAGAGCCAGUGGCUGUCACACCUGGAGUUUGAGGUGGUCUACAGGCGGCUUCAGGACUCCUGGGAGGAGGCCCCCACCCUCCACUCCACCUCCCCCAAGGCCAUCCUGGGGCCAGAGCACCUCAUAGCCAGCAGCACCUACGUGGCCCGAGUACGCACCCGGCUGCGCCCGGGCUCAGGGCUCUCGGGACGGCCCAGCCAGUGGAGCCCGGAGGUCCGCUGGGACUCCCAGCCAGGGGACGAAGCUCAGCCCCAGAACCUCCAGUGCUUGUUCGACGGGGGUGCCGUGCUCAGCUGCUCCUGGGAAGUGAGGUCCCGGGUGACCAGUUCGCUCUCCUUCACCCUCUUCUACAAGUCCAGCCCCAAUACACAGGAGAAAGAAUGUUCGCCGGUGCUGAGGGAGGCCUGCGGCCCCUACAUCCGGCACCGGUGCCAGAUUCCGGUGCCCGAUCCCGAAAGCCACAGCCAGUACAUCGUCUCUGUUCGGCCUAAGGAGGAAGAGAAAUUUAUAGAGAGCUCAAACAACAUCCAGAUGGCUCCCCCGACGCUCAACGUGACCAAGGGCAGAGACAGCUACAUCCUACGCUGGGAAGUGAAGAAAAUGGCCUUCUCGCACAUACAGCACACCUUUGAGGUCCAGUACAAGAAGGACGCAGCCUCGUGGCAGGAGAGCAAGACAGAACCCCUCCAGAACACCCACAGCAUGUCACUGCCACAUCUGGAGCCCUCCACCAGGUACCAGGCGAGAGUGAGGGUCAAGCCCUACAGUGGCUACAAUGGGAUCUGGAGUGAAUGGAGUGAGGAGUGCUCCUGGGACACUGAGUGGGCUCUGCCCAUGUGGGUCCUGGCGGUCAUCCUGGUCUUCAUCACCCUCGCCUUGCUCCCGGCCCUGCGCUUCUGUGGCAUGUAUGGCUACAGGCUGAACCGGAAAUGGGAGGAGAAAAUCCCCAACCCCAGUAAGAGCCACCUGUUCCAGGGGAGUGCUGGGCUCUGGCUCCCAGACAGCACGUCGGUCCUCAUCAGCGGAAGCGCCUCAGUCAAGGGACCGGGGGCCAGCGGCUUCCCUGGGCUGGACGGGGUGUGCCCCGUAGUCCGUAGGCACAGCGAGGUGUCACCUCUCACCAUAGAAGACCCUAAAGUUGCCAGCGACUCACCUUCUGAGCCUCACAUGACUCCAGCAGCCUUGGACCUGCCCACAGAGCCUCCCCGCAGCUCCCAGCUCUGCCUGUCGGCCCCCUUGAGCAGGCCCGAGAGCCAGGUUUUCGGCUUUGACUUCAACGGCCCCUACCUCUCCCUGCCUAACCUCAUGGGCCAGGAGCCUCCCCCACAGACGGGCAUGAGUCAGAAGCCGCUGCCUCCAGGUUCCCUGGAGUAUCUGUGUUUGCCCGCAGGGGAGCAAGUGCAGCUGACCCCACUGUCCCAAGUGAGGAAUCCAGGCCAGGCCACGGGUGUGGAGAGGAGGCCCUGCCUGAGUGCUGAGGGGAGCCCCUCCCUGGAGUCAGGGGCAGGCCCCGCCCCUCCUGCUCCUGGGCCGAUGGGUGGUCAGGGCCCAGAGGACAGCCCCACAGCUCUGUCCACUGCCUCUAGGGGUCCUGAGGACAGUGUCAUGGCCUCUGGUUAUGUCACCACUGCAGACCCGGCACUCACUCCACCCAAAGGGACCCCGUCUGCCUCCCAGGUUCCCCCUCUGGGCCUCCCCUCAGACCAGAACCAAAGCCUCAGUCCCGCACUGGCCAGUGGGCUCCCCGUAGCCCCAGGCUCCCUAAAGCCAGAGUAUCAGGGUUACGUGGAGCUCCCUCCCACCAUGGGCCAGUCCCCUAAGCCCCCUCUGGAAAGUCCUGCCCCGCUUGCAGCUAGCGGCCCUGUCCUGAGCCCAAGAGAGCCCCAGGCAGAGGUCGCCCCAGUCUCCCCGCACCCCGAGGGGCUCCUGGUCCUGCAACAGGUGGGGGAUUACUGCUUCCUUCCUGGAGUGGGGUCCGGCCCUCUCUCACCUCAGAGUAAGUCCUCUUCUCCGGGACCCUGCCCCCAGAUCAGGGACCUGGACCAGGUGUUCCAGGCCAAGAAGCCCCCCUGCCAGGCCAUUCCCCAGGUGCCAGCCAUUCAGCUCUUCAAAGCCCUGAAACAGCAGGACUACUUGUCACUGCCCCCCAGGGAUGUCGGCCGGCCUGGGGAGGUGUGCUGAGACCCCGUGGACCCCGGGGAGCUGAGUGGAAGGACAAGGUCUGUCUUCCCUCCUGCCCUGUCUUUCUCCCACCAGCCCUGGUCCCUUCCACACUCAUUCUACAAAGCCGAGGAGAAGAGACCAGGAAAAUGGGUCAACCAUCUCUCUUUUCCUCUGACCUUCUGCAAGGUCAAGCUCCUCGCUCUCGCUCUCGCUCUCGCUCUCUCUCUCUCACACACAUUCUUAGGUUCUGGAGUCUUAGAGCAUCCCAUAGAUACCCACUCCAUUACCUUCAUUUUCUAUUUUCCCAGGUUUUCCUGUUUUUGCUGUUUUCUUCUUUCUCUUUUCACCGAUUUAAUAUUAGAGUGAGUUUAAG